AAAUUUUAAGUUUUAUGUUAUACGGUGUGAUUUAUUAGCAUUUUAUAAAAUAUCUAAAUUCUCAUUCUUUGUUGUGACCAUUUGUUUAAAACAUGUGCAACUGUUGCAAAAUAGGACACAAAAGUAAAAUAAAUAUAUUAGAAACAAAACAGGAAUUAACUAAAAAAUAAAUAAAUUAACAAGCAACACUAGUAAGAAUAAAGCUAAUAAAACCAAGUUAUGAAUAGAAUAGAAUAGAAUAUUAGUAUAAACAGUAUAAUGCAUAAUUUAAUAAUAUUUUUUUGCAUAAGCAAAUAUUAAAUAAUAUAGGGCAGAAUAUUGUGGGAAGUUAAUGAAAAAUUGGAAAAUCCUUAAAAUCCAAAGUCAUUGGUCUUCGACAAAUGCAUCAGAAAAGGUCAUCAUUUUGUAGCCAUAAACUAAAUCAGGUGCUACGGCAUUGAUAUAAAGUAUCCCAGCAAGCAAACAUAAGGAGUUGUCCGAUCCAAAAAGACAAGAAGUAUCAUAGUAUUACUCCUUCAAAGAUGCAAGUUAGCUUUGCUGGGUAUGAUAUUAAUAGAAUAGCCAGCACAUAUGGUUGCGAUUCCGAGGGUGAGUUCCCCAGCAAUGACAAGUUCGGCAAACCUAUGCCAGUGAUUGGGGCAUACAUAGCCGUAGCAUCCCUAGCCUGUCUCUUUGCAAUGUCUGCUGAUCUCUUUCAAGCUUUCCGCAGCAGCAAGCUCUGGUUCCCUUGCAACUACUUCUGCCUUAACGCCACUUCCUUGACAGUGAUCGCUGUUGCACUCAAGCUCUCGGUUGAUCUCACCACCUCCAUGCCACUAUAUAUCGAACAGGUAGCAAAACUAUGUAGCAGUGCCUUCAUCUGCACAAUCAUGGGUAAUUCGAUGCCUUCUAUUGGCAACAGCCCUAUGAACAUUAUCGCCAUGGGAAUACUCGUGAUAACCGUGAUUGUCAACAUCAUCAUCCAACUUGCUACUGGUGUUAUCUCUGAUUACUUCUUGAUUGAACAUAUUAUUAUGAUAUACAUCAUGUUCAUUUUGUUGUUGAGCAUGUUCUCAUCAGCCAUAGCUAUUUCAAAGAUGAAACGUGACUUGGAGCUUAAGUAUGAGAUCAACAAGGAGGCACAGAAAGAAUGCGCUAACCAGAUAGAUGAGGAAGCUGGAGCAAAUAGUAAAGUCGUCAACAAUCUUGGAAGUGAAUUGAUGGCAGACUGGAUGAUGGCACACACUAGCAGCCCCCAAAUUGUCCUUGCAAGGUCAGUAACAUGUGCUACAUCCGGUGCCUAUUGUCUUCUUAGUACAUUGACAUUACUAGAGGCUAUGACUCUUCGGUAUUUCUUGUUAGAUUAUUAUGGCGACUGCGUUAAUAAUGGUAGCGACUACAAAUGGUCCAUUUUUUUAAAUCUCAUAGUUCAGUUCGCUGCAGUGGUAGUAGGAACUAUUGCUCCUACAGUUAGAUGGUUCAAGGCUCUAAGAUAUAUGAGGCAAGCUUUGAGACUUGGGAGCAACAAUACAAAUAGGAGAUUCCGUGUAGAACAGUACUGGACUGAAAGUCUAUUUCUAAUUAAAGAAAGGCCUCUUGGCUUUCAAAUUCAUAACAAGUGGCUCAGAAAGAAAGCCCAUGAUGCAAAAGUGCUUUUGUUUCAGUUAUUAAUUAAGCUGCAGAAAGGGAUUGUGCUGAUCAACAAAGUGACCCAGUUCAUUUCAAUAGUCCUCUUGUACUUUAUGUUAGCAGCUCGUGAUUGUUGCAGUAAUGUAUCAAGUACUAGCUCAGGAACAGAGCCACAGUCUGGCCCGGAUCUAAGGCGUUUUAUUCUACAUCUUGAAGGAGAGGAAGAAUUAGUUGAGGUGAUGAUGAAAGACAUUCACAAAACAACUAAUCAAUUGUUUCAUGUAGGAGAGAAAAAGGAGCCAAAACAUGUCAUUGAACUAAUAAUGGAGAAGAGUUCUAUCUUGGAAGGAUUUAAGAGGGUGACAACAUUUGACAAUGACCAAGUUUCCUCUUUGCACGAUGAGGAAACUACACCAUAUGGUUGGGCACUUCCUCUGGUGACACUAGGAAGCAUAAUAAUGGCACUUCCAAACAUGGACAUGCUUUCAGUGGAGAAGUUCAUAGGAGCUCUAAGUGAAGGGCUCUACUAUGUGAAGUUCAUAGAGUGUAACAUUGACAAAGAAGGGAAAUUGAUCAAAGUCAAGAGGGCAGCGGAAACUAUGUGGCACGGAGUUGAUCUAUAUGGUAAGUGGUUAGAUGUGGACCUUUAUAAGCUCUCCCAUCAAAGUAAAAGCCCCAGAGAGACAUUGGAGACACUAGGUGAAGAUGCAAAGAACAGGUAUGGCAAGUAUAAGGCCAAGUAUAGAGACAUAUGCAAUAGAGAACCACCUUCAUCAUGGCCCAUUGAAGUAUUGGCAUCUAAUGCAAUGUAUAGAAUAAGCCAAACUGUUUUAUUAAAUUAUGGAAGGAUUGAAGAUCUUAGGAGUGAGAUAUUGUUUGAAGAACUAACAGGAACGAUAUCUGAUAUAUUGGGUGCAUGUCUCACUAACUUACCCUAUGCUAUAUCGGCCAAGUGCUCCAACAGCACUGUUGAAGAGAGAGAGGAUAGCGUUAGAGAUGCAGUUGAAAUGCUUGGACGCACAAAGAAGAUUAUAGAAUUGCUGGCAGAAAAGAUUCCCACCGUGGACUUUAGCCAAAGUACCACCAUUGAAUAUUGGCUUUUGAUGCAUAUGCAAAAUAACACUACUUUUUAGGUGUCCACAAAAAUAUUUUCUAAAUGUUUAUCACACACGCACCUAAUGUUAGAAAGAAUCCAGCAUAGCUCCGCUGUUAUGGUUUCUUUUAAUUCAAUUGAUAUUUUUUUACUCUGAUCAAAUUCAAUCAAUGUAAUAACGGCCUAUUACAUUCAUGCAUCCAAAAGUAGAAAUCUAAAUUUGUAGUAGCAUGUGUUUAUAAUAAGUUAUAACUUAUAAUCAUCAAAAUUUUCUCAAUUUCAAAAUCCUGUAUCUAUAUC